AGCAGCCGCCAAUCGCAUUAAAGAAGAGCGGAGUAUCCGGGCGGAUCGGCGGUGCCGCAGCCAAUCAGAAAAAAGCGACGAGCGGGGCCCGCGGGCGCGUCCCGGCGGGGCACAACACUUUCGGUUCCUGUUGCGCGUGGGGCAGCGGCACGUGGCGGGGACCGGACCGAACCGGACCGAACCGGACCGAACCGGCCCAGUCUGGCAUGAGGGCACGGCGGGCCGGGCCCCGGCUGUAGCCGCCCGCAGCAACCAAAUGUCAUGGCUGAGGAAGAAUCGAGUGCCCAAGCCACCAGAAAGGGAAGUUCGUCGCCCAACGACUCCCAGAGCAGCACAACCGAGUCCAGCAUGCUGCUGCAGAAGCUGAAGAGCACCAUCUCCAAAUCCGUGCAGAACAAAGUCGACUCUAUUCUGCAAGAUGUGCAGAAGUUCUCCGACAACGACAAGCUCUACCUCUACCUCCAGCUGCCAUCGGGGCCGAGCCUGGGGGAGAAAAGCGGUAGCCUGGAUCUGAGUUCGCUGAGCACAGCCGAGUACAUGCACGCGUGCAACUGGAUCCGGAACCACCUGGAAGAGCACACCGACACCUGCCUGCCCAAGCAGGACGUCUACGAUGCCUACAAGCGAUACUGCGAUAACCUCUGCUGUCGCCCCCUCAGUGCUGCCAAUUUUGGGAAGAUCAUCCGUGAGAUCUUCCCAAACAUCAAAGCCAGAAGAUUGGGAGGCCGAGGACAAUCGAAAUACUGCUACAGCGGGAUCCGGAGGAAGACGGUGGUCAGCUUGCCACCCCUGCCUAGCCUGGAUCUCAAAGUGACGGAGACCCAGUCGGAGCUGACGGAUCUGGUGCAGUCCUACAACAGCGAGGUGAUGGAGGCGGCCUGCGCCCUGACCUGCGACUGGGCCGAGAAGAUCCUCAAACGCUCGUUCAACAACAUUGUGGAAGUGGCCCAGUUCCUUAUCCAGCAGCACAUCAUCAGCUCCCGCUCGGCCCGGGCCGACCUGGUCAUGGCCAUGGUGGUCUCAGAGAGCACGGAGAAGAUCCACCGCGACAGUCGGUCUCCGCUGACAGCCAAGAAGAAUGGCCUGGAAAGCUCGGAGAGCAGUGACAGGAGCCAGGGGCAGAGCAAGAAGGAGAGUGGCUCCAAGCCCUCUGUCCUGCCCCGGCCGGAGAAGAAGAAGCCCCCUGAGGCCCCCAAGCCCACGAGCAGCCCCCAAGUGAACGCCCUGGUCGCCCGCCUGCCCCUGCUCCUGCCUCGCAUCCAGCCGGGCGACAGACUCAUGGCACCUGGGGCUCCGGCUGUGCGCUCGUCCCCUGCUGUCCUGGCCCCCAAAAUCACAGCCACCCCCCUCGGGGGCACCGUCAAGGUGGCCGCCCUGCCGCUGCCGAUGGGCACGACGUCGCCGUCGCUGCCCCUGGGCCUGGCUCCGGGGGUGAACGGGGCGGCGGGGCUGGUGAGCCAGCAAGCUGCCGUGCCCGUCCUCAACAUGCUGCUGCCCAACGUGCCGCCUGGCGCGGGCCUCCCCAAGGCCGAGAGCCCUGCCAACCCCCGGAGCGCGGGGGGAGAGGGCCAGGGCCCCGGCCCGCAGGACUCGCCGCGCCCCAAGGCCACCAAGCGUCCCCCGGAGUCGCCCGGUGACGCCGCGCUGCAGAAGCGGAGGCGCGGGCGCCCGCGGAAGAAGCUGGACGAGGGAGGCGCCCGGUCCCCGGAGGAGCCUCCGCCGGGCGCCGACGAGGCGGCGGGAGGCAGCGAAGCGCUCCGGCUCGGCUCCGCGGACAGGGCGGAGCAGGAGCAGACCGCGACGCAGGGCUCGGACGUUUCGGCGGGCGGCCGAGGGGUGCCCGGCCCCGCGUCCGGAGAGAGGGGAGACCGUUGCCACAGAGCGUCUCCAGGCGCCGAGUUCAGGAGCAGCGCGCCUGGUGACGGCCCUGCCGCCAGCCACGUCGGGAACAGCCCGGCGAAAGCCUCCCUGCCUUCCCAGGUGAGCGUCAUCCAGGAUGGCAGGUCCAGCCUGAAGGCCCACGCUGGAGCCGGCACCCAGGAGCUGGAGGAAGACUCGCAGACGAGCCCAGGCAAGGCCGGGCCCCCCCUGGACGACGCCGUGUCUGCGGUGGGGUCCUGCGUAGCCCGGGAGGGGAGGGACCUCUCUCCCACCCCCUCGCACAGCGACAGACAGACGGAGGCCAGGAGAAGUCCCCUCUCGCUGCCCCUUCCUGCGCCGCUGCCCGGGAGCAACGCUGCAGCCGGCUCGCAGCGCUCGGACACGUCCCCGGGUGCCCCGGCGCCCGGGGUGGGCUCGCGGGGGCUGCCCGAGCUCCGCACGCGUGACGCCAGUUAGGAGCCCGGCAGCGCUGCCCCGCUGCAGUCCGGGAUGCCCGGAGCCCGCCGCCAAACCCGGGGGAGCCCGCGCGUAGCGAGCCUGGCCCCUCCGUCCGCUGCCCCUGCUUGGAGUCCGUGCACGCCUCGGUUCCCGCUGCAAUCAGUCGCAAGCCCAACGCGGUGCCUCGCGGGGUGAGGGGAACAAAUUGUGGUGUAAAACCGCCUCUGCCGCUUCCCAGCUUGCAAGCACUGCACCUGCCUCUCCCGCGCCCUGGAAUUAAAAACCGAACUGACUG